GCGCGGGGCUGCGAUUGGGCAGCCGAAGCGGCGCCCUGCAUGCAGUGGCGGCCUGACCUCGUCAAGUCCACGCUCGCGGCUCUAGCGGCUUUGGAGCAGGGCCUUCGGGAGGAUCGUUCGCUGCUGCAGCAGAAGGGGGUCGACGUCGCCUCGUCGGUCGAUUCUGCUCGCAACGUCGCCGCGUCGCUGGCGGACCAGUUCGAGGCCAACCCCGCGAAGCGGGGCAGACCGCCGGGGCGCGGGGCGAGGACGUCCGCCCAGAUCAGCCGUUCCCUCAAGAAACAAAAGGAAAAGGUGGGACAAAUCCGCAAGAGGUUGGGUGCCGAAGGUGCCCGCGGCCACCGCGGGCGCAUCGAACUGAUCUGGUUCGUGCGCGCUGGCCUGGCAGACCCGUCUAUUCCACGACGCGUUCUGGCGAACAUGUUCUACGACCAUCCGCUGGAGCAUUCCCAACCGAUCUCUCAGUCCCUCGUGUCCGUGGUGCGGGACGCCUUCGUUGAGGUGCUCAAGAAGAUUAACCGUUCAAGGGCGUCUUACUUGGUAUCAUCGCCUGGUUCGGAUCCUUUAUUUGUUCACCACGUGCACGACGAGGCAGCGAUGCGCAUGAAGUCCUUCGCGGCGGUGGAGUCUGGUGAUUUACGGUUGCCGCCGAAGCACGGGGGCGGGGGGUUGCUUCUCCCGCGGUCCCACACCAGCAAAGUGCAGAACCACGUCGUCACUUUGAAGAGGGGCGACGUGAGCGUGGAGUGGUGGUCCGAGCUUCAAGCUCUCCUGAAGAAGGACGCCUCCACCGUGGCGACCUCUAUCAUCGGCGUGGUGGAGGCCAUCCUCGAGGAGGUGGACCGCGAGAAGUUGGGGGACACGGUGUUGCGCCUCGUGCAUUUAGUCACGGGCGACGCCAUCCCCACGAACCACGCGGCGAUGAAGCUGGUGGCUUCGCAUUUCAUGCGACCAGACGCGCCCUCGUGGUUCCUGUAUCGGGCCUGCCUCUGGAUCUGCGCUACCCACCAGGCGAACUUGGCGACGGCCGUGGCCGUCUGCAGAAGCGCGGCCAAGAAAGACGUCGACCGCAACCCCCUUCAGGCAAAUUGCAGUCGCUUCUUCAAGCAUCUGAUGCCCGAGUACAUAGAGGAAUUUGGGCGCAACCUGCGCCAGUACGUCGUGAGGGAGAUGGCGCGGCGGCAGGGGGCCGGCGCCGCCGCGGGCGGCGUGGCCUCUCAGAUGCAGCGCCUGUACGGUAAAGACGUCCUCCCAGAUGCGCUCCUGGACGUCUACGCUCCUGACUUGAGCAAGCUCGAGGCUCCGUAUGCAGAGGGUGACCGGCCCAAGGCGUGCGGCGAGGUGUACGUCGCCCUCCACAAGCUCGUGCUCCGUUGCGAAAGCAAGCCCAUCCGCAGCCGAUUCUGGUUGUUCGCAGAGUGCGUAGCCACCCUGUUGAGGAUGAAGCUCAUUGGACUUCCUUCUUCGGUGUUCACGUUGCAAACGAUCAAGCCCAGGGCGGAGAACCAGACCAGGCUGCGCAAGUUCCGCGAGUGGUACGAUGCCCCUGCCACCGUGGGAGAUCUGAAAAGAGCGUCGCUGUGCCUGCAGCUUACAGGCAUCGCUACUAGCAUUUCAGCUCAGAAGCAGUCCGGAGACCGAGAGCCCACGCUCGUGCGAUUGGGCCGCGGCGAGGUCCAAGAGCGCGUGUCCGCCAGGCUGGGGGAGCUCAUCCCGCUGCUCGCGCAGGACGCGUGCCUGGAUUGCGCUGGCGCGCUCGCCGACUUGCUACGGACGGCCUCUCACGUCGUCGGGCGCUUCGACGAAUACCAGACGUACCCGACGGAGCUGUGGAGGUUGACGAAGCGAUACAAUCCAGACGGGUACCCCACGGCAGCGAAGUCGUUCCUGAAGGAGCCAGAGCGCCUCUUGGACGCAGGUUACUCUCUCCCUUUACGUCGGGAGGCCUUGGCUUGCGGGGGGGGCGGCAUGGCCGAGCUGUUCCUGGCGUCUCCAUCUGUUCAGCGGGAGCUGGAGGGCAUCCUGGAGGGGGCCCCGUCCAGCAUGGAUGCCGAGAGGAAGCACGCCCACGACAAGAUGCACGACUCCGUGCGCAAGGUGUCUGGCUUGCCCCGCAGCUCCAGAGACAGCAUGAUCAAGCGCUAUCGGAUCAUGCGCCAUGAACGCCUUCGAGCUGCCGAUGCUGUGCGCAGGCGCGUCGUGAAGCAGAAGCAUAUUCAAGCUUGGUCUCUGGCUGUGCAGAGGCGGCCUGACUUGCUCCCGCGACCUGUGGGGAAACGGUUCGGUGCCGAGGGGGCCGAAGACCGAUCGGCCACGGCCCACGCGGGCAACAUGGACGAGCUCCGGUCGUACUACAGGGAGCACGAGGCGGAGCUCAGGGCGGAGGCGAAGCAGAUCCGCGACCAGGCGAAGGCGCCGCGGCCGCGGAAGAAGGGGCUCAUGCCCGAUUUCCCGAUUUCGAACCUCGAGUGGUUGGAUUGGUUCCACGAGGGUAGCAACGAGGCCACGUUUCGCGCUCUGCUGAAGACCGCGACGACGCAGAGACGCGCGCUGGCAGGGCGACUCGUGCCCCAGGAGCGCUUGCCCGCGCCUGUUCGACUGCAACCCGACGGGGCGAGGGCUAGCGCCCCCGCGCCGUGGACCCCCGCUUUAGCGCGGCUGGGCUCUGGCUUCUUCGCGUUCAAGGUCGGGCCCGCGGUUGCGCAGAAGGUGGCCGUGUGGUACGCCCGCUUCAAGCGGCAGGACUUUUGCGUGGUCCUCCGCGAGGUCGGCCGCGCCGCAUAUGCGAUGGAUUUCGGCGAGUCUUUCCACAAGCACUUGGUGCCGCUGGACGUUGGCCAGGCGCUCGAUGAUGCUGGCCUCAGCCCUGCGGACGUCCGCGUGUACCAGCUCACGAUGGCGGUCUCGUUCGGGGAAGGCGACAAAGUUACGUUGAAGGCUUGCGCGGCCGAGUUGCUGGACCUGUCCGCAGCCAGCGCCCCGCCAGAAGACGACGGCGAGGUGUCCGAGGACUUUGAGGCUGGGUCAUCGGAUGCCGAAACAGUGGCAUCGGCCCUGGAGUCCGCCGCGGAGGACGAAGCCGAGGAGGGCGCUGACGCCGCGGAGGCUGAGGGCGAGGGCGACGGCGAGGAGGAGGCCCGGGAGGAGGAGGAGCCAGAAGUGUCUGAGGCCGAGAUGCGCCGGGCCGCGAGCGGCGCGCUCACGGUCGAGACAGAUGGGUACUUCAGCUUGUCCCGUGACCCCGACUGGCCAGAUGCGAAGAUGAGAAUUGCUGGCAAGCGCUGGACGGACCAUUCGGAGAUGCGGCGUGACCCGCAAAUGUCUAGGACGCUCACGUUGGCCCACUACGGCGACAGCGCUCACAAUCCCAUUCGGACUUAUGCUGCCCUCAGGGCUUGGAAGCUCUGGCGGGCGCGCCAGCACGGCUGGCAUGCCCGCAAAGCAGUUCGUCUCGCUUGGUACGCCCGCGAGCUCGUGCGCCUGCGAGCAGAGAUUGCAGAGGCCGGCGCGGGGGCCGAGGGCACGACGGGAAACGCGGCGUGCGACGGCCUGAUUGCGAAAUGGGCGCCAGAGGCCUUUCUGACUUAG